UGCCCUUUAGAGAGCAUUCAAAGACUCAGAAGACGUGAAGAAUAAGAGAAGGUGGCAAAGAGAAGAAAGGUAGACCUUGAGGGAUGGGAAUGGAAGAGGGGAAAGGCGACCAUGGGGAAGAAAAUGGCAAUAGUUGGAGCAGGAGUGAGCGGCUUGGCCUCCAUCAGGACGUGUUUGGAAGAAGGGCUUGAGCCUACCUGCUUUGAGAGGAGUGAUGAUGUUGGAGGCCUGUGGAAAUUCUCGGACCAUGCAGAAGAAGGCAGGGCAAGCAUUUACCAAUCUGUGUUCACCAACUCCUCAAAAGAAAUGAUGUGUUUCCCAGAUUUCCCUUACCCAGAUAACUACCCCAAUUUCAUGCAUUGGAGCAAGCUCCUAGAUUAUAUCACCACAUUUGCCAAAGAGAAGAAUCUCUUAAGAUACAUAAGGUUUAAGACCUUGGUCACCGAGAUAAAGAAGCGCCCUGAUUUCUCUGUUACUGGCCAAUGGGACGUUGUGACUGAAAAGGAUGGGAAGCAGGAAUCAGCUGUGUUUGAUGGUGUUCUGAUAUGUUCAGGACAUCAUGUGUACCCCAAUCUGCCAAAAAAUGACUUUCCAGGACUAAAAGGGUUUAAAGGCAAGACCUAUCACAGUCGGGAAUACAAGGGACCAGAAGGAUUCAAAGGGAAGAGAGUGCUUGUGGUUGGUCUGGGGAAUUCAGGCUGUGAUAUUGCUACAGAGCUGAGUCACACAGCAGCACAGGUUGUCAUUAGUUCUAGAAGUGGAUCCUGGGUAAUAAGUCGCCUCUGGGAUGGUGGGUAUCCUUGGGACAUGCUAUAUGUGAACCGCUUUGAUAGCUUCCUCAGGAACAACCUCCCUACAUCCAUCUCUGAUUGGUGGUAUAUGAAGAAGAUGAGUGUGAGAUUUAAGCAUGAGAACUAUGGAGUGAUGCCUUUAGACGGGACACUGAGAAAAGAACCUGUGAUCAAUGAUGACCUUCCAGCCCGCAUCCUCUGUGGCAUAGUAACCAUCAAGCCAAAUGUUAAGGAAUUUACAGAGACAUCUGCAGUAUUUCAGGACGGGACAGUGUUUGAAGCCAUUGACACUGUCAUUUUUGCAACUGGCUAUGGUUUUGCCUACCCUUUCCUUGAUGAAUCAAUCAUCAAAAGCAGAAACAAUGAAGUGACCCUUUUUAAAGGAGUCUUCCCUCCUCCCCUUGAGAAACCAACAAUGGCUGUGGUUGGCCUGGUCCAGUCCCUUGGUGCUGCCAUACCUACUGUUGACCUGCAGGCCCGAUGGGCUGUAAGAGUAAUAAAGGGGACAUGUUCUUUGCCCUCUGUGAGUGAUAUGAUGCAUGACAUUGAUAAGAAAAUGAGGAAAAGCCUCAGAUGGUUUGGUGACAGUCAGACAAUACAGACAGAUUAUAUCACCUAUAUGGAUGAAAUUGCCUCCUUCAUCGGUGUCAAGCCCAGCAUGCUUUGGCUGUUCCUUACAGACCCCAAGCUGGCUGUGGAGGUUUACUUUGGUCCCUGCAGCCCAUACCAGUUUCGACUGACAGGACCAGGAAAGUGGAAGGGAGCCAGAAAUGCCAUCCUGACCCAAUGGGAUCGGACCUUGAAACCCAUGCAGACUCGAGUUGUUGGUCGUCCACAGAAACCUUACCCCCUCUUUGAAUGGCUCAAACUACUCGCUGUUCCUAUUAUACUCAUUGCUGUUUUUCUCACUUUGAACUAAUAAUGAAUAUCUGGAGGAUGUUUAAUUCAGAGUCUUGGCUAUGCUUGGGAUUGGAGCUUUGCUAUUUUAAAAAUAAAGAGAUUUCAUAUUUUCUUCUUUCUUGUUCAGCAAUCCACAAAAGUGCCAAAUUGGCAUAAAUCAGCUCUCCUGGCAAAAUAAAAUAGAAUAAGCCAUUUCCACACCUUUAAAUAAAUACUCAUCAAAUAAGAAA